GACGUAUAAUGUUGGCGGUCAAACCCCGGGAAUUCUUCCCAGGAGCGAACCGCGCGGCCCGGAGUAGCACUGCGGGAUGCUGGUGGGAUGUGGGGCCGGCGCCAACUGGGAAAAUCGCCGCUCACUCACCGUAGCACCUCCGACUUUACUUCCGUGGAGCUCCCUCACACACACACACACACACACAUAUAUAUAUAUAUACACUGCAAAUCACCAUUACGGCAUCAAACCCUCGAUUGGUCAAACCUCCCACCAUACAAAGUGAUCAUGCGAGCUGACAAUGAUGACAACGCCGCCCUGAGCGCCGACGAAGAUUUGCUACGGGACAACGAGGAGCCCUCCUCGACCGCUUUCGCCCCCCCUCCGCUCCCACAACUCACCGACGAGCCGCAGACGCUCCCGGACUCGUGCGUGAGCCUCUCUCGCCCCUUCCUGCGCGCGCUGCACGCCAUCCUCCCGCCUUCGCCGCACCUCACCCUCUCGAUCGGCAGCGGCACCGGCCUCGUCGAGGCGCUGCUGCACGGCAUCGCGCCGCCGCCCAACCUCGUCAGCGUCGAGGUCGCGCCCAGCCCGAACAGGUACCAUGCGGCGCACCGCACCGUCCCAGGGACCUGGGCCCUCGAGCCCCUCGCCGCGCGGGCGAGGGCUUGGGUGUUUGUGUACCCGAAGCAGGUGGCGCUCGUGAAGGCGUACGUGGAGGCGUUUCUCAGCCGUCGGGACGCGGAGGCGGAGGUGGAGGUUGUGGUUUACGUCGGGCCGAGGAUGGAUUGGGACGAUUUCCGGGGUGCUUUGGUGGAGGCGGGCGUCGCAGGCGAGGUCGAGGUCGAGGUUUGGGGGGAGGAGAGGAUGGAGGCUGUUGGGGGGAGGGCAUGGGAGUGUGUUGCUGUCGUGAGGCCGAGAGGGAGGUCUGCUCCCGAGGUCGUGAGGGUGCGGCAGAAUUCUUUCCACGUUGAUGAGCGUUGAAAGUUCCAAGGUCAGCAUUUCCGCGGCAUCACGACCUCACGGAGUGUCUUAAUGGGGCGGCCGAAAUGGGACGGCCUGAUGCCCUUCGGCGUUACAUGCUUGCAUACAGGCCCCAAAGGACGCCAGCACAUAUCCAUCGACCAUCAAAUCGGGGUGGUGGGGUCCGGUGUCAAGCCCACGAGAUGACGACGACGACGACGACGACGACGACGACGACGACGGAAUAGCGACUUGGCCCGUCGAAAGGCUGUCCAACUCGGGUACAUCAAGAUCAGGGAGCCAUCCCGCUUCCAUAAGUCCACAGGGGGUGGAGAGGAAAGAAAUCCCAGAAGUGCAAAACGUAUUCGGACAGCUUGUUCACGAAAGGGGUCCGGUUCUGACCCAUAAUGCACCGUCUGAGACCAGCGUUGUGAGUGGCGCAGAUAGAAAAAGGGGCAUCGUGCCGUCAAAAGUACUGGGAAGGAAUUAUAUUGCUGUGAGGGGCUUGUUACGAGUAUCCUCUCAUUUGGCAACAAAGAGCACUCCCUAGGUUUAACAGGCUGUACGUCGCAAGGAUUCGGAUUCGGUAAUCAUGUCUAGAUAUUUGUGAGACGGGCAACGCAAGAAAUGCUAAGCUAUGCCAAUGAAGAUGAAAACCGC